AUGUCGGUGUGCAAGAUGAGAGAUGAAGCAGAUCGAGCACACCAUUUCCGCAUCUGCGGAUGCUCUCGAACUUCUAGGAUGCUCCGUGAGUGCUCUGAGCGGCUCUUGUCGCCCGGAACGCGCACCACGUUGGCAGCCAGCAGCACAGGCAUCACCCCACGAGGUUUGCGCCGUUCCCCGUGGUCUCUGUCCUCCGACAGAACUGCGCCUUCUGCGCCUCUGAGCUCGCGACAAGUGCCAGGGACCUCCAAGAGCUCGUCUCAGUCACGGCUACAGACUGACAAGAUCUCGCCUUCGCCGAAAGCUCCCCAGAACCGGAGAUGCCAGAGCACGUCAGCACUGGAGGUGGCACAUGACCAAGGGUAUACCUGGCCCGCGGCCGCGCAGUGCUGGAAGGUCCUUGAGCUGAUGGCACCCAUGAGGGCUGCCAUAGAAGCCACGACGGAGGCAAACCCGGCAAGGCAGGGCACCUCGGUGGCCCAGCCGGAGGCCGCCGAGGUGGAGAAGCUGCGCCAGCAUUGUGCUGUCAUGACGGCAGCUGUUGCGGAGCUACAGCAGGUGCUGAGCCAAGAUACCAGGCGCGACGGGGGAUGGGCCAAGAUCUUGCAAUGGCGUGAUCAGGAGCCCACGAAAAACAGCCACACACCCGACCACAAAGUCCGCGCAUGCCCUAAGGCCGAAGACAGAAAGAAGUUCGGGGGCGCCCCAAUCCGAACAGUGUCGAAGUUCCCGUCAUCGUUACGCCGUGCCCAGAGCUACUGCGUGGAACCGCACUCCGAGACUUGCCAAAAGCUGAAGGACGAGGUCGCUAGCCUGGAGGGCCAAGGUGCCAGAGCUGACGACUUGGAGGAGGUCGCCGCCUCGCUUCGGCGGCGUGUGGCGGAGCUUCGGGCGGAAGAGGCCAAAGCUGCAGCUCUCCGAAACGAAUGUCGUGAGCUCCGCUUUCAGAUUGCCGAGCUGGUUGCUUCCGUGGUCGACGGUGCGCCCUCCUCUCGAGCGGUCAGUAGUCGCUGA